AUGGGGUGCUCCAGCCCCGCGCUCAGCGCUCCGGCACCGCCGAGCUCCGGCGAGCCGGCCCUGCUGUGGCUGGCCGGCCUCACGGGCGCGCACAUCGGCUUGGCGCCCAUCUCCCAGGACCCCGAGGAUCGCUGCAGCAUCUGGGAGAACCUGGUGAGCCUGGUGAACUUCCAGUGCCCGGGGUUUCCCCUGAGCUCCGAGGAGCUCCGCCGCUACCUCGACAUCCCGCGCUCGCCCUCCUCGGCGGCGGCCGCGACCCCCGCCCGCCGCCUGCCCCGGCCCCCCGAGCCCCCGGGGGACCCCGACUACCGGAGCGACGAGCGCCUCAAGCCGCCCUACUCCUACGCCAGCCUCAUCUGCAUGGCCAUGGAAGCCAGCGAGCAGCCCAAACUCACCCUGGCCGCGAUCUGCCAGUGGAUCAGCGACAACUUCUGCUACUUUCGCCGCGCCCACCCCAGCUGGAAGAGCUCCAUCCGGCACAACCUGUGCAUCAACAAGCGCUUCGUCAAGGUGCCCCGCGAGAAGGGCGAGCCGGGCAGAGGCGCCUUCUGGAAGCUUCACCCCCAGUACGCCUCGUGGCUCAAGAGCAGCACCCGGCGAGGGCGCGGAGCCCUCCCCGAGCCCGGCCGGGCACCAAACCCCGGCGCAGCCCGGCCGGGAGCGCGGCGCCUCCUCCGCAGCCCCCGCGGCUCCUUCCAGGUGGGCGCGGAGCUGCAGCGGCUGCUGCGGGAGUUCGAGGAGUUCCAGAGCAGCCACGGAGGCGGCGGCCCCGCGGAGAACGGAGCGGGCCGGCAGGGCGAGCAGCGCUGGCCCCCGGCAGAAGAAGCCUCUUGGCCGGGCGAGCUGACGGAGCUGAAGGGCAGCAGCGAGUGGGACGCUCUGCUCGAAACUCAGGGAGAUUUCGCGGCUUUUGGGCAGUUCCCACCUCCCACCCAGCCCGGACCCGCGAGGGUGCGGGGGCAGCAGCCGGGCUGGCCCCGAGUCCUCCCCGAGCUCAGCCCCGCCAAGCCGGGCUUGGAGGAGACCCUGGUGGCCGCGGCUUUCCUGGAGGCUGCGUGGCACCGGGAGGUGCGGGGGAACCUCCCCGGCUGCGUCCCCGUGGAGCAGGGGGCCGGAGACAUCCCGGCCCCUCUGCCCAGCGGGAUUUCAGGGAUUGAGACUCUCUGGCCCGCUCAAGACUCUCUUAGAGAUGGGAGAUAG